ACGCACGCCCCGCCCGGCAGGAGGGGCGGGUGUUCGGUGUGUCAUGUCUGCCCGCCUGCCCUCCUGGCCGUGCAGAGUUGGGGUUGUUCCGCGGCCGCGCCGUUGUCAUGUACCGCCUGGUGCGCCUGGGCCCGCUGCGGCCGCUGGUGCCCCUGCGCAGCGCCCCGCUGCUCGCUGCUGCCUCUCCCCGCGUCCUGUGCUGCGGUCCCCGUCUGGCCUGGGCCGGCCUCAGCCCGCCGCUGCCCCUGGUAACGCUGCGAUCCGCCGCCGGCAGCUCCGCCAAGGAUGCAGGUGGAUCCUCUGAAAAGGCAGCCACAGAUCCCAGUGGUGAAAACAAGAAACUCAACAAAUCCCAGCAGCUGAAACGAGUGUUUAAAGAGUAUGGUGCUGUAGGGGUUUCAUUCCAUGUUGGAAUUUCAUUAGUAUCUCUAGGUAUCUUCUACCUGGCUGUGUCAAGUGGAGUGGAUAUGACUGCAGUUCUCUUCAAACUUGGUUUCAGUGAAUCAUCAUUGCAAUCUAAAAUGGCAGCUGGCACAAGUACAUUUGUGCUGGCAUAUGCCAUUCACAAGUUGUUUGCUCCAGUAAGAAUCAGCAUUACCGUAGUUUCUGUGCCAUUCAUUGUCCGAUACUGCCGGAAGAUUGGUUUCUUCAAACCUCCUACCCCAAAUCCAUGAGGAUUUCUUACUGGUUUUUACUCCAAUUGUUUUUGUUUUUUUAAUGCUCUAUAUCCACAUAGCUUUUCAGAUUGUUAAAUUUCUUUAAAAGAUUUGUUUGGAUCCAUGUAAA